AUUGUAGACAUCAGUAUUCCUCACCCUCAACAUUUCUUGGUCUGGGUGGUUUCUGAGCCCCGACGGCCACCAUCCUCCACUUCCAGGUUCCACGUAAACCUGCUGUGCGGGGAGGAGCAGGACUCGGAUGCCGCCCUGCAUUUCAACCCUCGGCUGGACACGUCGGAGGUGGUCUUCAACAGCAAGGAGCAAGGCUCCUGGGGCCGCGAGGAGCGCGGGCCUGGCGUUCCUUUCCAUCGCGGGCAGCCCUUCGAGGUGCUCAUCAUCGCGUCCGACGAUGGCUUCAAGGUGCGUCUCUGAGACAGGGGCGUGGACGCCAAGACCUAGGUCCCUGGAGCAGAGGGUUGGGCAAAGCCAGGCUAUUGGUGGAAGGCAGGGAGGUUGGGGCGGGGUGAGGGGGGUAGGGAAGGCGAGGCCAAGGCAGAGAAG